UCCCCGACCGCGCGCCAGCCCACGCAAAAUGGCCGUCACACGUGCCAGUGGGUUAUUAGAGUUAUCGUUGAGGCAGCAUGCGUCACUAUGCUGGAGAUGCCCCUCCCAGCUGCGUCAUCUCGUCGUAUCAUCCCGUUGCAAUACCCAAACACCACCAAAGAGACCUGUUGGGGCCUUCCUUGAAUUUGCCCAUUCUCAAACUGCUGAAAUAUUAGAAAACAAUCCUGGUGUGAGCAGAAGAGAGUCUCUCAAGAUAGCAAGUCAGAGGUGGCAUCAGCUGGACCCACAGGAGAAGGAUGAAAGAACUGGUGAAGUGCGUGAGCGUUACAGGGAAUAUCAGCGGCAGUACCAACUCUAUCUCCAAAGCCUUACAACCGAGGAGAGGGACAGAAUGGAUGAGCAGAGGCAACUUCGCAGAAAGAAGCUUGCCAAGAUCAGAAAGAAAAGGGAAUUGAAGAGUCUUGGCAAGCCAAAAAGUAUUCGAAAUGCAUUCUUGCUCUUUGUGAAAUCUUCCCGACUUGAGACAAGAGGCGCCAAUCCAACAACUGUCAUCCAGCGUUUGGUUGAGAACUGGAAAACAUUGCCGCAAGAUGAAAAGGAGAUCUACUAUGAGGAUGCUCGGCUGGACCGGGAACGCUAUGAGAUGGAGAUGAAGGUCUGGGAGGACAAGAUGAAGGCGAUCGGGAGAGAGGAUGUCAUCAGGAUUAAAAGUAAAACCAAAAUAACGAAAGCAGCAAAGCCGCCGGCAAGGAAAGUCAAGAAAGCAAAAAAAGCAAAGAAAGUUAUAUCUAAUGCUAAAUCAAAAGCUGGUAGUAAUGCUAAGACAAAGACACGUGGCAAAACAGCAGCUACACCAAGGUCAAAGUCAACAAAGACCGACACCAAGUCCACACAAACUGAUUAGCUGGUGCUUCCAAGACCUACAGUUGUGGUUAGGUAACCUCCAUGUCAUGUUGAUGUGUGGAAUGCGAGACACUGAAUCACACUGAAUCGUGAUGCAUGUUGGACAUCAGGAAUGUAUCAUACUGAAUCAUCACGAUGCACAGGGAGAACCAAAUAUAUGCUACUCAAAAGAAGUUGAAGAACACCCGAUUCUUUCAUUUAGCAAAGUUAAACUGCCAUGGCAUGACAGAAAAAACAGAAAUAGAAAAGAUCGUGUUAUUUAACAUCAGUUGAGAAGUAUAUAUAUCGUUCUGAAUCAAGACUAUUAAUUUUGGAUGUCAGACAAGGGCACUUAUGCACUUCAUGAGGCAAACUGAAAGCCAUAGAAUAGACAGACAAGUAUAGUUGUCCCUAAACCUUGCCGUGGCAGUGCUAGUUAGUGUAGUAUGGUAGACAUUACCCGCUGGAUGUAUUGCUGCCAGUAUACAUGGGCAUUCAGACCAAAGAUGUAGUCAUUCCAUGUGCUACCUCAUAUCUUGUUGGGAACUAUAUCCAAUCUGACAAUGUUGAUAUUAAAAGGAUGAGUUUUUCUUUAUUCUUGAAUUAAUCCCUAAAUAAUAGCACUUGUUGAUUAAAACACUUGAGAUGACAAUGAGCACAUUAUUACAGUGUUCAAAUGCCAACAACAAUCAUUUCUAAAUGUGAGAGACCUGCUGUGCAGAAUCCCUAUCUUAAAACAAGAGUCUAGUCUAGUUCUUUGUUGAUCCAGACAUGGACGGACUAGCUAGUGAUGUUAUUUGUUUGUUGUUUGACACCGCACUCAGCAAUAUAUUCCAGCUAUAUGACAGCGGUCUGGAAAUAAGCGAGUCUGGACCAGAUAAUUCAGUGAUUGACAUUAUCAGAAUCAAUCCACACAAUUGGGAUACGAUGACAUGCAUCAACAAAGUCAGAGAGCCUGACCACCCGAUCGUGUUAGUUGCCUUUUGCGACAAGCAUGGUUUGCAAAAGAACUAAGCUGGUGAAGGCUCUCUGUUGAUCCACACAUGGACGGCUCCAUAUUGAUUCCAAUCUCAUUAAAACCAAAUCUUAGUUCUCGCAUCCUGUAAUGGAGUAACCCAUAAUGGGAUGUUCUCCGAUCUUUGUUCUGCGGUGGUGAGAACUGAGACCUGAUCUUAAUGAUAUUGUGUCGAUCGGGACCCGGACUGACCAGCUUCAUGGACAGGGUGCUCAUUGUCUGCUGUCAACUGUACAAGCCUGAAAAUCAAAACUUUCUGUCGAUGAGUCUUCAGCAUUAGUAGGGAAGUGAUGACACACUGUGUUACUGUAUUUCGAUGGUUGUACAUCAUGGUAAGGAGCCAUCCAUUAUCAAAACAUGUCCUCCUUAUAUGCAUCCUCAUGUACCCAGGGUACAUUAUCCAUGCUGUCUUGUGUGCGUGAUUUGAAUGAGUAAAUUCUUUUACCAUGGCUGAUUUAACAAGUCGGCAAGAUAAAUUUGUUGUUGCAGUAUCACUCGCCUACAGCUUCUGGUAUGAAACCGAAUGCAUAAAACCACAUGCACCCCUUGUGUGUCCGUGAUGGUCUCACAUUUUAUAAACGAUCCGGGGUAGAAUAGGUCUUAGCCAAACCCAUGCUUGCUGUAAAAUGCGAUUUACGGGAUCGGGUGGUCAGGCUCGCUGACUUGGUUGAUGCAUGUCAUCGGUCCCAAUUGCGUGGAUCGAUGCUCAUGAUAUCAAUCACUGGAUUGUCUGGUCCAGACUUGAUUAUUUACAGACUGCCAUCAUAUAGCUGGAAUAUUGCUGAGUGUGGCGUUAAACAACAAACCAACCAACCACAUUAUAUAUACAGAUCUUAGAGGAAUUAGUCUCUAGCUUACAUAAGCCUGAUGACCCAUCAUGAUAUUUUUGUCUUUAAGUAUAAAUGAUGUUUCCAUGCCAAACUGUGUAUCUUCAUCACCACCUUGUGUUCAUGAUGUUUAAUUAUGUGUUUGUGUGCUGUAGCGUAACACUGCCAUGCUGGCUGGGGCUAGUGAUCUGGAUGCCUCAUCACACAUAGUAUGCGUGAAUAUUUCUAUAUUGUUUACAUUGCAUGAGAGUGCUGCCUUUGUAAAUUGCGUUUGUAUGGAAGGGAAAAAGAGAGUGAAAUAAAUAUAUUGUACAAAUAUCGCAGAAAA